AUGAAAGUCAAAAUAUUCACAGGAGACAAAUACCUGAAGCCAGUAGUAAUAUCUACCCCAGAGAUUGUUAUUUUAGAAAUAACACCUGAAGAUGAAUGCUUGAUAAUUGCUAGUGAUGGGUUAUGGGACGUCAUCCCCAAUGAGCUCGCCUGCAAUGUUGCUAGACGUUGUUUGGCGGAGGCAGGUCCAAAAUUGGCUGAAAGAGGUCUAAACAACCAAACUUCAGCUGGAGCAGGUCCAAGCAAAAAUGAAAAGGACUCGGUAGCGCCGGAGGCAUGGUGCUCCAUGGCGGCUGCUCUACUUGCGAGGCUCGCACUGGGAAGGAGAAGCACCGAUAAUAUUAGUGUGAUUGUGGUUGAUUUGCGGAGAUGCUAA